UGUAAUUAAACCACCGGAAGUUACAACUUUUAGGUUUGAGUUGUUGUACAUCCAGCUAAUCUGCUUUUAUGCCAUCAUUUAAAACUUCGGAUAUGAGUUCUGACAUACAUGUGGAUUUGAGCAACGGCCUCGAGAAUGUUCCUGUUUCAAUUGAGUGGAGUAUAGCCGUAACGAAGUUUCCUGAAUUUCAGUAUUCCCCAGAUAAUAUUCAGGGACCAGGAUGCACCAUUGACCCCAGUGAAGUCACCCUUCCUGGAUGCUCCUGCCUUUCCCGCUCCUGCUUCCCUGAGAACUGCUCCUGCCUGCAGACAUGUGGGCAGACGUACGACACCACCGGCACACGGCUGAACCUUAACAAAACGAACUCUGGGUACUGCUCACCUCUGUUUGAGUGUAAUGCCCUUUGCACAUGCAGUGAUGCCUGCUCUAACCGGGUAGUGCAGAGAGGGCUAAGACUCAGGUUGGAGGUUUACAGCACCGAGAAGAGGGGCUGGGGAGUGCGGACACUAGAGGCAAUUCCACAUGGGACAUUUGUGUGCGAGUAUGCAGGAGAGGUGAUCAGUUUUGAGGAGGCCAGACGCAGACAGCGAGCCCAGAGAUCUGAGGACAAUAACUACAUCAUUGGCGUAAGGGAGCAUGCAGGUACAGGCUGCGUCACUGAGACAUUUGUGGACCCUGCCAUGGUGGGAAACGUAGGCCGCUUUCUCAACCACGCCUGCCAGCCCAAUCUGUUCAUGCAGCCAGUCCGUGUGCACUCUGUGGUUCCUAGGCUGGCGCUGUUUGCUGGGCGAAAUAUUGAUGCACAAGAGGAGCUGACCUUUGACUACUCAGGAGGAUACAGUAACCAACCUCCUGUAGAGCUGCUGUCCAAACAAAGUGACGCUGCCAUACAAGCCAGUAGGGCAGAUGGACUCCAGAGGAAAGAGUGCCACUGUGGUGCCAACCACUGUGUCCAGUUUCUUCCAUUGGAUGUAUCUAUUAUCAACUGAAAUCGUUUAAAUUAAUAUUUCUAUCACAUUUAUUUUUUAUCUGAAUGUGAACAGAUGGGUUUGUUUUUCCAAAUGAUGGAGAUAAGAUUUUUGUCCUUUUUCUCCUGAUUAAAAAAGAAAAAAAUACUUAGUUGUCUUGGCCUAUUUACAGUUUCUCUGAAAUCUUGGUCCGGUCAAUCACUCAUUAUAACAAGACAAUGCAACUUGUUGAUGCCUCCAUGAAUGCAAUCAGCUGGAUGAGGCAGGUCGGUGGCCGUCAUUUUUUCCUGUUUGGUCCAACUGGUGUCUCCUGAUCUGCCACUGUCUCCAACUCAGUGCAAGAUGAUGCAAUGGAAACUAAAUCUCAAGGCUAGGCUCUGAGCGAAUAAACUUCUUGAUAUUCCAGUCCUUUGACAUGUACACUCCCUUUGAUCUAUCAUGGGAUGCUUGUUCUAAAUAGGACAUGUCUGAUUUACAGGCUUGCAGCUGUCAUCCUGUCCUGGCACAUUUAAGUCCCAUUUCUCACACAAUACAUAAAUCUGGAAGGAAGAGAAGCUGCAGAUGUGAACUGCCAAUGAUGGGAGGAAGGAUGUUCAAUAGUUUUCUUAAUGGCCACAUAGGCUACAAAAUUGAAGUGAGUAUUGAAAGCAUUGUGUUGAAUAUAGAAAGCUUUUUGCAGUAGGAAGUUGUCA